AUGCGGCUGCUGCUCGCGGCGCUCGUCGCGACGCGCGCCGCGCCGCGGCGCGCGCAGGUCACGCUGGAGAUGAUGGUCCACUUCGCGAGCCGCGGCUGGAUGAAGGUCCCCGGGCUGGCACCCGAGCUCGCCGACGUCGCCGUCGAAGGCGCGCUGGACCGGGCCUUCGCGUCGACGCUCCGCGACUACGCGAACUACAGCCUCUUCUACCUCCGCGACAAGCACCACAUCGCCGUCGAGUCCCACGACCACUUCGAGGCCUGCGGCGCGCUGAGCUUCUCGGACCUCGACGCGGCUGGCGGCGCGUACCGGUUCCUCGACCGGCUCCAGUGCUCCGUGCGCGUCGAGCGGGCCCUGGACCCGCGGAGCGCCCUGAGCCUGCCGUACUUCCAGGGCCUGAACGCGCACCGCCGCGAGCCGCGGCUCGCGGCGGUCGUCGAGGACGCGGCCCUCGGCGCGUUCGCGGCGUCGCUGCUGCAGUCGCCGCGCGUGCGGCUCUACCAGAGCGCGCUCUUCGUCAAGGAUCCGGCCCACUUCAACAACGCCACGGGCUGGCACCGCGACCUCCAGUUCUGCCCCGUCGACGUCGCCGGCGGCGGCCUCGUCACGUUCUGGUGCCCCUACGGCCGGGCCCUCGAGGGCGGCGACGCGACGCUCGUCUUCGCGACGGGCAGCCACCGCGACGUGGGCUUCGAGCGCUGGUACGGCGACGCGCCGGAGGCCGUCGACGGCGUCCUCGCGCGGCGCUACCCGCUGGAGCGCGUCGCGGCGCUCGCCGUCGGCGACUGCACGGCGCACCACGGCUGGACCUGGACCCGCGCGCCGCCGCAGCGGCCGGACGGCAAAGCGCGGCGCGCCUUCGCCGUCUCCUACGUGACGGCCGAGGCGACGCCGCUGCCGGACCUCGCCGCGGCGGGCGCGCGGCGGGGCCGGCCCGCGUUCAACCCGGAGGACGAGCUCUCCUACGAGGCCUGGCUCCCGGACCUGCGCGAGGGCGCGGAGAUCGACCACCCGCUCCUCCCCGUCGUCUUCGGGCCCGACGCGCCGCCGCGGAGGCCCGAGCUCCUCGGCGCCGGCGAGGAGGUCGCCGCGGCGCUCGUGCCCCUCGCGACGCGCACGGACGGCUCGCCGCUGCCGCUGGAGAAGCUGCGCGUCCAGGGCGCCUUCCUCUCCUACGGCGACGUGUCGCCCGCGGCGCACGACGUCGCGGCGACGCCCGCGGAAGACGACGGGGCCUACGCGUAUCGGUUUGACGACGUGUCCGGCGCGUUCGCCGUCGUCGCCUUCGUGCGCCGCAAGGGCGCCGCGUGGAUCGACUUCUCGCUGCCCCAGAUGGGCUUCCACACGGGCGACGCCGAGUGCAACGAGCACAGCCACACGCAGCGCCACACGGCGGUCUGCGCGCGGUCGCUCGUCGUCGGCGACGGCGCCCGCCUCGACGACGUCGACGUCGAGAUCCGCCCGCUCGCGGCGAUGCCCGCGCCGGCGCGCGUCGCCGCGCCCGGCAACGGCACGGGCUUCGGCGUCCUGCGCGUCCUCGACGGGGGCUACCACACGCUCGAGACCGCGGGCACGCCCUGGCAGCGCGGCUGGGCCCACGGCUACCUCCUCGCGGCGCAGAUCUUGGACUUCUUCGAGUUCUUCGUUCUGGAGGACCGCGUCCGGGGCGCGCCCGCGGCGAUCAAAUCCCGCUAUCCCGCCAUCCGCGACGCCCUCGAGCGGCGCAUCGCGCUGUCGCCGACGGCCGAGCGGAAGGUCCGGGGCAUGCUCGCGGGCAUGGCGGCGUCGGGCGCGAAUCUGAGCACGUCCGUCGGUAAUUUCGGCUACGGGGACCUGCUCGCCAUCAACAACUACAACGACUUCUCGCGCAUCCUCGAGCUCGACGGCCGGCCGGCGCGCCACGAGCGCGAGGACAGCUGCACGCAGUUCGUCUUCUUCGGGGACCUCACGGGCGGCGAGGGCACGAUCGCGGGCCGCAACAUGGAUGGCGAGAACGACGUGCGCAAGGUCACGGUGCGGUCCCUCGUGCUCUUCGCCGACGCGGGCGCGAAGAAGGUCGUGCACGCCAUGUGGCCGGGCUUCGUCGGCGCGUCGUCGGCCUUCAACGAGGACGGCACGUACCUCAUGGAGAACGCGGGCUGCUCGCCGGCGCUCGAGCCGCUGGCCGCCGGCGCGACGGUCCCCUCGGAGCGCGACAUGAUCCUCGGGCUCUUGCAGGAGCCCGAGGCGGGCCUGGGCCUCCCGCGGCUGCCGACGCCCGGGGCCGCGCUCGCGGCCGUCGAAGAGCGGUGGGCCUCGAACGCGACCGGGGGUGCGUGCAUCAGCGGCUGCAUCCUGGUUUUCGCGCGGCCGUCCCUCGACCUCCCCGGCGACGCGGGCUGGAUCAUCGAGGGCGACCUCCGGGGCCACGCGGUCCGCGGCCCCGCGCAGCCCAACGUCGAGCCGUUCCAGCGAGAGGGCGUCAUGGCCUCGAACCACUACUGGCGAUACAACACGGACCCCCUGGACGUGCGGAACAACGGCUCCGCGCGCUGCAACGGCCAGGCGGCGACCUUCUCGUCGCUCUGGCGCUAUGAGGCGGGCAAGAACCGCGUCGAGGCGCUCCUCCGCGACGCGGCCGCGGCGCGCGCGACGCCCGUCGACGAGGCAAAGAUGCAGACGCUCUUGCGCACCGUGUCCCACGGCACGACGGAGCACAGCAUCAUCUUCCACCCCGACGACAUGCGCUUCUCCAUCUCCAAGGCCGCGCUCGACGCGCCCGCCAACGACGCGCCGGACCGGACCUGGACGACCUUCGCGUUCACGGACAUGUUCUCUUCGUGA